AUGCCCACCGUCAUUCUCGGCGGAGGCAUCAUCGGUGCCUCCAUAGCCUACUACCUCUCGCAAUCCCAACCCCACGAUGAAAUCCACAUCGUCGAGUCUGCACCACAUCUCUUCAGCGCCGCAUCAGGCUACGCCGCCGGAUUUCUCGCCAAAGACUGGUUCGCCCCCGCCCUCACUCCCCUCGGCGAAUACUCCUUCAACCUGCACCGUUCCCUGGCCGCCGAACAUAGCGGCGCAGAGCAAUGGGGGUACAUGAGCGGCACGGCGCUGAACCUCGCCACCGAAGCGAGUAAGAAAACCGGCACCCGUGGCGACGACUGGUUGCGCGAUGGCACCAGUCGCGCAGAGACCGCCGCCGGGGCUAGCGCGCCAGUGCUCUCGGACAGCCCGGACUGGCUGACGAAACAGCAAGGCGCAGAGCUGGAGCAGAUUAGUGACCCCGACACUGUAGCCGUCGUCGACCCGCUCCGUCUGGCGACAUUUCUCCUGCAGGCAGCUCAGUCGCGCGGCGUGUCGCUGCAUCAUCCGGCGAAGGCGAUCUCACUCGUCACCAACAGAGUCAGCAAGACGAUCACCGGCGUGAACCUCGUCAAUCUCCACACCAAGUCUGAGUCCACCAUUCCCUGUACGAAUCUCAUCGUCGCCGCCGGCCCAUGGACCCCGGCGGUCUUCCACGAGCUCUUUCCCUCGUCCCGGGCGAGGGUGAACAUGACGCCCUUGGCGGGCUACUCACUCGUCCUGCGCUCGCCGCGACAUACCCUUCAGCAUGAACAGACGUACAACGGCCGCAGCCACGCCGUCUUCACCACGCAUCCUCCGGAAUGUGGGUUCAGCCCGGAGAUCUUCUCGCGGCAGGGUGCAGAGAUCUACAUCGCGGGGUUGAACCCGGAUCUGCGGUUGCCGCCGCGAGCGGAGGAUACAGCGAAGCUGUUUGACGAUCGCGAGAUGAACAAAUUGAAGGAGGUGACGGUGAGGCUGAUGGGGCGGCUGGUAUCAGGACAGCCAGAGUCGACGGACGCCGUGCGCAAUAUCGACGACCUGGAGAUUGUGCGGGAAGGACUGUGUUUCCGGCCUGCGAUGGCGUGCGGUGUGCCUGUCGUCGCAAGAGUGGAUGACGACGUACUGGGAGGAUUGCGCCCCGCUGCGACGGGCGGCGUGUUCCUCGCUGCUGGUCACGGACCCUGGGGCAUUUCCCUGUCGGUUGGCACCGGCAAGGUCAUUGCAGAUAUGGUCCGGGGGGUGCAGCCUGCGGUGGAUGUCAGCGGGCUAGGGGUGGAGGUGGACGCAGGGUAUAAGAGUAAGCUGUAG